CACAUGGUCCAGCAUCGCUGUGGUGGUACAGACUUGAUGUGUUAAUUAUGUCUAGGUUGAUUGUGAAGGGUCUCCCUAAGGAUAUUAAGGAGGAGCGGUUGAGGGAGUUGUUCAGUCACAAGGGCCACAUCACUGACCUUUCUAUGAAAUAUACUAAAGACGGAGUCUUCAGAAGGUUUGCGUUUGUGGGAUACAAGACUGCAGAAGAAGCGGCUGCUGCACUGAAGCAUCACAAUAACACGUUUGUUAAUACCUCCAAGAUUGUGGUUGAAGUUGCACAUGACUUUGGUGAUGCAAACAAACCCAGAGCAUGGAGUAAAUACUCCAAGGACAGCUCUUCAUACCAGAAGAAAAACAGCAAACUGCAGGAUCAAGAUGAAAAGAAAAGUAUUAAAGAUUCUAAAAAGAAAGCUAAGGAGAUGAAAAAGAAAAAGAGGGAGGAAAAGAUACAAAGUUUACUGGGUGAUUUGAAAGAUGAUCCCGAAUUCAAAGAAUUCCUAGAUAUACACAAAAACAGAAGCACAAAGUCCACAUGGGGCAAUGAUACUGUGAACCUGAAUGACAAUCUCUCAAGGCAGCAUGCAGCUGAAGCAAGCGAUGAGGAACAGGAAGAGAGGGGAAGUAGUGAGGAGAGUGAUGCUGAAGAGGAAGAGACUGAAGAUAUAAAAGAGCAAUCUCCAGAGGUGUCAGAAAACAAAAAUUCUGUCACGGUUGAGAACAGACAACUGUCAGAUAUGGAGUACCUCAAAUCCAAAAUGAAGUCCAGUGGCUUGCUGAGUGAUACAAGCUCCAGUGAGUCAGACACAGAUGAGGAUGAAGAUGAUGAUAAACAGGAGGAAGAGGAAACAACAAGAGAAAACAGAAGCAUGGAUGCAUUAGACUCUUCAGAGUAUGUGGUAAAAAUGAGAGGAUUGCCUACAAACAUAAAGGAGAAACAGAUCAAGGAAUUUUUUACCCCGCUUGCUGUUAAAUCCAUACGUAUACCCAGGAAUGCAAAGAAAAGGACAAUUGGGGUAGCAUUUGUAAGAUUUGCAAAGGAGACUGACGUGGACCAAGCUUUAAGGAGAAAUAAGAACUUCAUUGGAGGAAAAAGAGUUCUCCUAAAAAAGCAACAAGAGAAUGAAGAAUCAGUCCAAGAAGAAGAACCGAGGCAAUGGGAAGUAAAGGUAUGA